GUACGAGAUCUUCCGUCGGCGUUAUCCAUUUGAUGAGGAUACCCACAACUACCUGCAGACUUCUAACCCUGAUGUGCGACGGUUUGUGAUGCGGAACUUCAAGCCGCCCCGGGAGGGCGAGGCGGACUACUCCGCGCUAUUGAUCACAUAUUGCAAACGCUGUCGCAGCAACAUGCAGCAGGGUGUGCAGGGCAUGCAGGGCCUACAGCCCAUGCAGCAGAUGGGCCCUGGCUGGGGGAAGGGUCCCAUGACUCCCAUGGCGCCCGGAUCGCAGAACUGGGGUGCUUGGGGCAAAGGCAAUUGGGAGGGCGGCAAAGGGAUGGAGUCCAUGAGCCAAUGGGACGGAGGCUCUUUUGGUGGAGGAUGCGGCGGCUCUCCAAGUUGCGGAGGCUGUGGCUGCGGUGGCUGCGGUGGCUGCGGUGGCUGCGGUGGUUGCGGCUGCGGUGGCUGCGGCUAUGGCUGCAGUGGUUGCGGCUGUGGCGGCUGCGGGGGCUGUGGGGGCUGCGGGGGCUGCGGGGGCUGUGGAUCCGGCUGUGGCGGCUAUGGCUGCGGCGGUGGUGGUGCCUUCAAUGGUGCAGGUCAAGGAGGGAUCGACCAGAGCGCGUUGUGGUCCUUCCGCCAGCGCUAUCCCAUGGACGACAUGGCGUUCCAGUUCCUGUGCAAUGCGCCAGCACAUGCGCAGCAAAUGGUCCUGGAAUCCUUUGCGCCAAACCGGCAGGAUUCGGAUUACUCUGCGCUUGUCAUCAACUACACAAAGCGCUGUGGUCAGGGACAACUGGCAGCACCGGCCAAACGGCCACGCACCUUCUGAACGAUUGAUACUUUGUCCGUGAAAAUCGGUGGCAUGUGAAACUUGCACCGCGGAGAGACCGCGCGGUCUAUGAACGUCAAAA